UUAGAUGGCGCUAAGUUUCAGCGACUCCUCUCGCCUAUCUCUCCGAGUACUAUUCAUCCCGCGACGCCGGCAAAAUCGAUAUAGGCACUGGGCAUCCUUUUCCAGGAUACAUUGCCGCCCAUACGUGUAUCCCUUUUCCGUACCAAAAAGCGUCCUAAAGCACAGACGACGACGUCCACACUGAAUAUUAUUUCGUGGUUUUCGGGUAAAAGACAUUGAACAAUUUACUAUCAAAUAUAAACAUACGUUUAACGUGAAAAUUUUAAAAGGUGUUGUAAAAGAAAUGUUUUCCUUGGUUGAUGUUCCCGCAGUGACGUUCUUGUACGGGGUUGAAUCUUUCUGGUGAAAAGCUACCCCGGGCGAGCUUUUCUAAAGUGUGGUAUAGAACAUGUUGAUACAUCUCGCAGUUUGACCAUUAAAACGGCGGACAAUGACGAUUUCGCGUUGACGAUGUGAAUUUUUAAUCAAUUUAAGUGCGCCCGGACAAUUUUAAGAUAAUUAUAGAAAUCUUCGCAUGCGCGAAGUGCAUAUUUAAAAAUGCCCUGGAAAAUCAUUCAUCACUAAACAACGAUUCAAAAAAAAAACCACCAUACUAUGGCGUUACCACAAAAUAUUAUCUUGCUCAUGGUGUUGUGUUUCAUUUAUGGUCAAUUCGUGAAAUGUUAUAAAGAUUUAGUAGAUGAAAAAUUAAAUGUAACGAAACAAAUCGAACAUACACAAACGCUAAGGAAAUUGUCAUAUUACCAUAUAUUACAAAAAAGAGCCGCCCAGAAACCUGAUCAUUUCGCGAAUGUACGCAAACGGUUGCUCGCCGAUAAAAUGUUGGGAAAGAAAAACGAUACGGAUAACGCGAUAUCAAGACCAUAUCCUCCUGUGGGUAUUUUAAAGACAAGGCCUGAUAAUAAAAAUUUAAGAAAAUUGAUCGAACUGACCAAUCCGUUGAGGACGCAGAAUGUUCACUUGGGAACCGAGUGUAAUUUCGAAAUUGACUGUCGUUGGUCGUGGACGUCAGACAUUGCAAAUGUAUUUGUGGUCGCUUCGUCCGGAAAUCUUCUUAAUAAUGAAACUGGACCAUUGAUGGACGCUGACAAUAACGUUGACGGACAUUAUCUUUUACUUCGUUUACCAUCCGAUACAAGAGUACAUGUAACAAGUCCACAAUUCAAUCCAAGUGAGGAAGGAUGUCAUGUUCAACUACAAAUUUACCAGGAAGCUAUGCGAAAUGGAAUUGUUAGGAUCGUUUUACACCAUGUAAACAAAACUCAAAUUAUUGCAAAUGAGAUUGCAGGUGAAGAUUCAGGAAGAUGGAAAAAGAUUGAAAGAACAAUAGGAAAAGUGAACCAACCCUUUAGUAUAAUUUUAGAAGUACACUCGCCACAAAGUACUUUGAGACGAUCUUUAGUAGCAUUUGAUAAUAUCAAAUUGCUUAAAUGCGUUCGAAAUGAGAGCACAAUUCCAUGUUCAUGGCAAGAAUACAGAUGCAAUGAUACAAAUAUUUGUAUUAAUAAUACAAGAGUGUGUGAUAUCACCCCAGAUUGUAAACAUGGUGAUGAUGAAAAACAGAAUUGUGAUAAAGUUCCAUUUGGUGCUCGUUGUACUUUCGAAGAAGAUUCUUGUGGAUGGAUUAGUGAGGACUCAAAUGGUACAUUUCAAUGGAGAAGACAUCAUGGAGAACGUGGUACAAAUUUAACAGGACCUAUUGAUGAUCAUACAUAUGGUAAUUCUACAGGCAAAUAUCUUCAUGUUAUGUCAACUGAUGAUCGAACUUUUGCAAGAAUAGCAACCUUACGUAGCGUUAUUUUCAACCCACCACCAAAAGUACAUGGAAACUCAUCAUCGAGAUACUACAAUUCUUGCACAAUCCGAUUUUCUGUACAUCAAUCAGGACCACAUAAAAGUGGUUUAGCUUUACAAUUAAUUGAGUUACGCCCAACGGAAAAUAAAACAAGAGAUAUUUUUUGGAGUUUUAAUUCUUUUAAAGAACCGUGGGUUCAACAAGUUGUUACAUUACCAACAGUUAAUUAUAGAUAUUAUUUCCAAUUUGAUGUUCGCACUGGUCUUCGUUAUUUACGUGAUAUAGCACUUGACGAUUUAUCGUUAAGUCCAGAAUGUUUUGGAUUAAAUAUUCCAGCUAUUGAACUAAAUGGGUAUAAUUAUUAUAAUCCAGAUAUUGAUUAUUUAAUAGACAAGGAACCACAUCCUGAUUUCGUUAAUAAAACAUAUUACACAAUUACAACUUGUGGACAAACGGGGCGAUAUGGACCUAGUAACGAACAAUGUAACGAAGCUUAUCAAGAUACAGAUGUUGCAGUAAAAAUGUAUGAUGAUGAUUCACUUUUGAGAGGUGUUCAAAAAUGGACAGUUCCAAGUGCAGGCUAUUAUACGUUUCUUUUAUAUGGAGCUGGUGGUGGUAAAGGAGGAGGAGGAAUGGGAUCAUCACGUGGGGCGAUGGUGCGGGUUAUUUUGGAACUGGGUAAAGGUCAAGAAUUGUAUAUGGCUGUUGGUCAAGAGGGAACAAGCGCUUGCGUAAAAAGUUUAAAUUAUCAUGGUGAUACACCUUCUUCUUGUCAAUCUGUUGUAAUCCAUAAUAGAAUUGAAAAUAGUACAAUCAAAGAUUUGUUACAUAUGGAAGUGUUGGAUGGUGGUGGGGGUGGUGGAGGUGCAACAUCUUUGUUUGUGAUUAGCAAUGAUAAACAAUGGGUUCCUAUUGCUGUUGCUGCUGGUGGUGGUGGUUUAGGCUUAAGAUUUUUUGAUACAGGAACGCAACACGGACAAGGAAUUAAUAUAACAAGAAAACAAUACUCAGGAGAAAUGAACGGAGUGAAAUCUCCAGGGGCAGGAGGUGGUUGGAGAAUAUAUCACGGUCAAUUAGAAACGGAUAUAAUGGGUCAAGCAAUUACAAAAGGUGGUCUAGGAGGAAAAGCUUGUUACAAUUCGACUGACGGAAAAGGUGCUGGUGGAUUCGGUGGAGGCGGAGGUGGUUGUACUGCAGGGGGUGGAGGUGGAGGAUAUUCAGGUGGAAAUUCUUGGUCCGAAAAUUCACGUGAACGCAGUGGUGGAGGCGAAGGGGGUUAUUCUUUUUAUGACACGAGUCGACCUUUAACAAAUUUUUCGGACGUCAUUCCCGGUCAUCAUAUAGGUCAAGGAGAAAUUUUAAUUCUCCCCGCCAUAUCAGGAUGUGGUUGUUAUUAUCGGUGUUUACCUUUGGAUGCGCAACAGUCUGAAGUGGCUUGUAUUUGUCCACCGCCUUGGAAAUUAGGACCAGAUGGAAAAGAAUGUUUAUCUGUUCAACAAGACGAUGUAUUUCCAUCUUGGACUGUUCCAGCUUUAACUGGGGGUGUUUUAAUAUUAACAGCUAUGAUGGGAAUUUUAUGUUUCCUUUUAUAUAAUCGUUAUCAACACCGCGCAACCAGCGUUUUUCGAAGAAAAGGUCUCAGCGGUGCCGAUUUACAAUUAAAUCGGCUACGCGUCGCAUCUGAAAGUAUGAUGACCGAAUACAACCCUAAUUACGAAUUUGGCGGUAUCGUUUAUACUUUAAAAGACCUCAAAGACAUACCAAGGAAUCAAUUAAGACUUGUUAAGGCUUUAGGGCAAGGUGCUUUUGGCGAAGUGUACCAAGGAUUUUAUAGGCAAAGGUCGGGUGAUGCUGUUGAAAUGCCGGUAGCGGUAAAAACUCUCCCGGAAAUGUCAACAAAUCAAGCGGAAAUGGAUUUUCUAAUGGAAGCGUUAAUAAUGUCGAAAUUUAAUCAUCCCAAUAUCGUUUAUUUUAUUGGUGUUUGUUUUGAUAAACACCCAAGAUUCAUAGUAUUAGAGUUAUUAGCUGGAGGGGAUCUCAAGAACUUUUUACGUGAGUCACGACCAAAACCUGACCGAAGUAGCCCAUUAACAAUGAAAGAUUUAAUUUUAAUCGCAAUCGAUAUUGCGAAAGGAUGUAGAUAUUUGGAGGAAAAUAGAUUUAUUCAUAGAGAUAUAGCCGCAAGGAAUUGUUUGUUAACAACAAAAGGACCGGGUCGUGUCGUGAAAAUAGCCGAUUUUGGAAUGUCAAGGGACAUUUAUAGGUCUGAUUAUUAUCGAAAAGGUGGUAAAGCAAUGUUGCCCAUAAAAUGGAUGCCACCUGAAGCAUUCUUAGAUGGUAUAUUUACAACAAAAACGGAUGUUUGGUCUUUCGGCGUUUUACUUUGGGAGAUUAUGUCUUUGGGGUAUAUGCCAUAUACAGGGUGUACAAAUCGUGAUGUGAUGCAAUUAGUUACUAGUGGGGGAAGAUUAGAAUCGCCAAUUAAUUGCCCAGACCCAGUAUACGCUAUAAUGACACAAUGCUGGCAUCCUAUAACUGAUCAACGGCCUACAUUUGCACUUAUCUUAGAACGGUUAGAUUAUUGUGCGCAAGAUCCUGCAGUUGUUGGAAAAGCUUUACCAAUAUUUAGCAGACCACCGUCAAAUGAACGAGAUGCAACUGUCAUGCGACCAAAUAACAGCGAUGGUGAUAAUUGUUUACAGGUACCACAAGGAACCAUAGACUACCUCAUUCCAAAUGAUACUUUAAGAUCUGAUACGGCAAGUGGAUCAACAUCUUCGAUGGAUAAACUCUUACCUGGAGUACCAGAAAGAUGGGAAACAUCAUUUAACAUGUCCCAUUCAAAAUCGACCCAACCGCUUAUUCAAGAUUUAGUAACGAAUCAAGCAGAAAUAGACGACGAGAAUUGUGAUCAAUUGGUUGUAACAGAUACAAAUCAGAACGGUGUCGUUAAACAAUUAUCAAAUUCGAUUAAUCCAAAUAAUAACGGAUCGAAAACUGAUUCGACAAACAAUUCGUUAAUAUCCGGUUUAUCGUUAGAUGCCGGUGCUUUAAUUAAACAAACGGCACCGAUUGGACAAAACAAAAAAUACACAAACAUUACAGGUACAGGUAAUAACGGAGUCAUCGCGAACGGUUCUUAUUCGAAUUCGAACGCAUAUUUGUAUAACGCAAAUAAGUUUGCGAACGAAUCCGAAAUUAGUUGUUAAGAUCCUCGUAUUGGCUGUAUAUCGUUAAAGAUAUGUGGUAAUUCCGUUGUGGAAUGUUAUAAUGAAUCGGUUUAGUUAAGAUUUUGAUCGAAAAAUUUAAAACGUUUAUUAAGAAUUGUAUUAAAGAAUGAGCCGGAUAAUUAUAAAGCGAUGAAAAAAGUCAUUUUUAUAAUUUUAAUUGUUUUAGAUUAAUUGAAAAAUUAAUAUUUGACAAUAAAUUGAAAAAGACAACAUUUUAUAAAUUGAUAAGUUUUAAUUUAUUAUUAAAAAAAAAUGAUCUCGUACAUAUCAAAUACUAAAUAUAUCUUUUUUCUUCAGUUUCAUCAGAAAAACUUAAUUUAUGAAUUUAAAUGAUGGCUCAUUCUUAUGUACAUUAAUCGUUUUUAUUGCCUCAUUCAAUUUAUGAUAACAUUAUUAUUUAAUGACGAAAUUAAGACAAAUUUGGAUCUAAAAAUGAAAAUUCUUUCUUUAACAAUACCGAUAGAAAAGUAAUUCUAAUCAUAGCCGGAAAAGAUAAAGUUUUAAAUUUCUCCUUUAAUUAAAUAAAAAAGAAAAUCUAACCGACGAUGUUUCGCAAUGGUGUGAAUCUGACAUUUUUUGAUGCAAUUUAUCUCAAACGAUUGUUUGGUUUAAUGUAAACUGAUGCCAUUGAGUUGUGAACUAUGGAUUGUGUUAAAUUGCAUGCAACUAAUCUGAUAUAAACCUAGCCUAACUUCGUAUGUAAAUGAAAAAAAAAUACAAAUUCUAUAUCAUUCACCAUAAGUAACUGUUUACCCACCCAUAAAUCGUUAUAUCACACGAAACACGUAUUAAAAAACUUAAACAGUACGAUAGUUUAACGUAUGCCCCAUUUUAUAAAUGACUUUUCAAAGGAGGAGAGAGAGAAGACGCAUGAUUGAGAUCAUAUUUUUUUCUAUAAACGUAGAUAUCUGUCCAUUAAUUAAAAAAAUUGAUAAACAUAAAAAAAGAAAGAAACGUGAAGUAUAAUAUAGUUUUAGUAGUGCAUGUGCUAAACAAGAAAAAAAUACAAAAAUGUAACACGUUAGGUCUAUGCACUUAGGUAACGUAAUUUUUAUUUAAUUAUACAGGGUGUUAGAACAUGCUUUAUUAUUGAUAAAGAAUAAUUAUGUACAUAUUAAGAAAAUAUUAUUAAGUGAUUUAUUUUUGUUGAAAAAAAAUUAAUUUUUGAAAUGUUAAUUUAACCAUAAAAAUAAAAUGAAACAAAAAAUUAUAACUAAAAAAGUAGGGCUGUCAUGACACUAUUUCUAAGAAACCUAUGGUUGUGUUAUACAAGAAAGAAAACUGUUUUAAUUAGUGAUUUUUACAAAUAUUUACUAAGUUUAAAGGUUGUGGUUAAAAAAAAAACGAUAAUAAAAAUCCUAUUUUAAACAAACAUAUACAUAUUAUACAAAAGAUCUCUAUGCGUUUGCGAAUUGGUAUGAUGGAUACUAACGAAUCACUUAACAUAUUUUGCUCAAGUUUCUCAUUGCAAAAAAAAAACUUAAAUUUAAGCUGGAUUUAUAAAAUGAUCUUAUUAUUACAUUUUGGUUUGCUUUAAUGCCUGCAUCAAGGACAAUAAAAUGCGUUAAGAAUUUGUAUUGAAAACGCUCAAGAUUCGUCUUAUUAAUAUAAUUAUUGCCCACCGAUUUAAAUGAGAAUAUAAAUAAAAGAUUGCGCUCAGACAUUGUUUAAUGUUAAGGAAUUUAUUAACUUAAAUAGUUUUUAGAAUCCCAUUUGCAAAUUUAUGUAGUAAAACUAAAUGGAUUAACUACAUAAAUUUACCACGAGGAUUAUCGUAUCCAUCAUAUGUAGUUCUUUAAUUAUUUCUUUAUUAUUACCAAUUUUUUUUUGAUUUUUGAAUAGAAGAAAAAACACAAAAAGACGUACAAAUUAAAUAAUUAGGUGCUGAGUUUUUAUUUUAAUUUUUAUUACGGUAAUAAUUAUUAUUACCAAAACGAAAAUCGUUUAACUUUUCUGUGGAUCCACAACACAUAGUAUAAGUUAUAACGGAAUACAAUAAUGCUUUAAGUACCUUUAAGGAUGUAUAUAUCAUAUAUGUAUGUACUACUAUGGAAUCACUUAUAACGUGGAAUAUAUUCCAUCGAUUUCCGUUGGAAACGGUGUCUACAAAACAUGCAUAUCUCGAGAGGACGCGUUUGAAACUUGGAAAUUGAAGAUGUGUAGGUGAAUGUGUAGAAGUUACGAUGAUUUGGAAAUUAUUUGAUAUUACAUGUUUUGAGGACCCGUUUUUUCCUCGAAGAAAAUAAUAAAAAAAAAACGAAUGUAAUAUGAUGAUAGAGUUUGUUAAAUGUGUUUUGGAUCGAGAUUUUCAAAAUAUGUAUAACAUACUGUAUGUGUAUUAUAUUAGACAAAAUAUAUAUGUGUUACAAAAUG